UUUGUGUCAGGUCAAAUAAAGCCAUAUGAUAAAGUUCUUAUUGGCCUCGCGGUUUUUACUUAGAAAUUACCAAAUUUCUUCUACUUCUCCGUAAUGACAUAUGUUAAGUUGUGUUAAGUCUAAAUAUGUUUACAUUUAAAACAAUCUAGACAUUUGACAUUUCUUUCAAAUUGUGAAAACGUUUUUUAUUUUUAACAUAUUACCAAUAUUAGCCAAUAUUACCCACAUACUACAUCACAUUUUACAUACCUUCCUCUCACAUGACUCGUUCGUGAAUUUCCGACUUUCAGGGGCAAAGUCAAUGGUAAACACAAAGGAAGUUUUGCCUAAAAAUCAAAGCAGUGUCUUGGGAAUAUUGUGUUCUGAUAAUCACUGAGUUUGCCCAGAACUUUACGUGCGUCGUUGAGAGGCGUUUUGAUAAUGUCGAAAAAGUUAGAUAAAAGUCUGCAUGAUGCUUGUGCUAAAGGAAAAUUACGCAAGGUGCGAGAAAUUUUACAGAAUAAUACGGAUAUUACUAGCAAACUUGCUGAGAGAAUUGGUUUCUCGGGCUAUACUCCACUACAUGAAGCGGCUUGUCAGGGUCAUGCAGAUAUACUGCAACUUCUUCUGAUCUAUGGAGGUAAUGUUGAUGUAAAGGCUAAUGGAAACUACACACCUCUACACAUUUCAGCGUCGAUGAACUUUGUCAAAUGUAUCGAGGUUUUAUUGAAGCACGGUGCGAACAUAAGAGCUUUGGAUGACUAUGAUAAAACGCCUUAUCAAACUGCCAUGCAACAUAGUCGAAAGGAAUCUGCCAAGUGCUUGAAAAGUGCAGAGAUUGUUAAAGCUGCAGGAAAUGAUUCACAGCAACUACAAUGUCUUCUUGAGGAAACAUUGAUGAAUGAAAUUACACCAACAUGUUUUGAUAAUGCAUUGAUCCAAGCUUGUCACUAUGGCAACUUUGAAGCUGCAUGCAUGCUAUUGACUGCCGGAGCUAAGAAUAUAAUGGAAAGUUGUCGUAUUUCAAUUAGAAAAGGACAUUAUAAAAUUGUUGCAUUGCUUUUGAUUUGUUAUGCUGCAUUGGAGCGUAACUUAGUGAUGCUUCAGGCAUUACUUGAUAGAAAUUUAGAAAGUGAGAAAUGGUUUGAGCAGUUUGUCCAAGGCAAUGUACCAAUGUUGACUGUGAUUGAAAGUGUAAGGGAAAAUUUGAAAAAUCUUAAAGAAUUCACAAGUGUUGCGAUAAAACUCUCAGACCUGGAGAAUGCUUUUUCAAUUCUGAAAGUGUUGCUGUUGAAUACAUCAUGUUCAAGGAAAGAGAAAAAAGUGAAGUGGAAUAAAUUAGCAUUAACUUCAUUUGACAAAUCAUGGUUGGAUGCCAUUAAAGACUGGGUACAAAAUCUUAAUCUCUCCCACAACAAAAUUACUGCAAUGCCUGAGGGAAUGAGUGAUUUGAAGUUUGUGGCCACUUUGAAUUUGAGCAAGAACAAACUGAAGAUAGCUCCAUGUGAACUAUUUUCAAUGAUUUGUUUAAGGGAAUUGAAUUUAGCAAGUAAUUUGAUUGCAGAGCUUCCAGAUAUAAUUCAGUGGAGACCAACAUUAAAGUCAUUGAAUAUUAGUGACAACAACCUGAAAUUGCUUCCAGAUGGCAUUGCUAAAUCAUGCCUUCAGACGUUAAAUCUAAGCCGGAAUAAAUUCAUUAGAGUGCCAGAAGUCCUAUGCGAGAUUAUUACGUUAAAGAGUUUAGAUCUGAGCGACAAUCUGGAUAUUGGCUAUUUACCAGAAAAAAUGGGUAAAUUAUGUAAUCUCACAUACGUCGGUUUAAGAAAUUUGGAUCAGAUCACCGAUCCUCCACAACCCAUGAGGCAGAAUGCAGAAGACUUGGUUAUGGCUUUACGCCAGAGACUUCGAAAUUGUGAACCGUAUUAUACAAUGAAGUUGAUGCUCGUGGGAAAAGGCUGCCAAGGCAAAACGACACUUGUUCAUCGCCUUCGGGAUGAUUUUGAAUUUAAAGAAAAUGAUCUCACUCAAGGUGUGGAGAUAUCAGAUCUGAUCAUAAAACGUGGAUCAUUGUAUCAAGCAUACACUUUUAAAGUUUGGGAUUUUGGUGGACAGGAAGACUACUAUGCAACACAUCAAUGUUUUUUGUCGAGUAUGUCACUGUAUCUGUUGGUAUGGCGUUUAGAUGAAGGUGAAAUUGGUGUUGCUGGCCUGACACCGUGGUUAGACAAUAUCGCUGCAAGAGCUCCUGAGAGUACCGUCAUUGUUGUUGGCACUCACUUGGAUCGCAUCACCACCGAGGAGCAUGGGGACGAGUAUGUAUCUCGUAUGAAACGGCUGGUGUUUGACUUAACGAGGAAACCUCGAUACAUUGGAAAAAUCAAAGUACCAGAAAAUGGUAUCUGUGCCGUGUCUUGUGUUGUUAAUGGUUCUCGAUCUGAAAUUAGCAGUCUUCGCCUGCUUGUCUACGAUACAGCUUCCAAUAUGAAAAAAGGCCGAGCACAUGUGAUGGGAGAACGUAUUCCCACCAGUUUUAUUUCUUUAAUUCAUCGCAUUGAGAGGUUAAAGAGAGAAAAGGAGAGAAAGGACGAGCUACCUAUUAUUCGUAAGGAGGAAUUUCAUGCAUUGGUUCUGGAAAAUUCACAGCAGAAUAAAGGAGAUAUUUAUGAAAUGAGGGACGUUCGAGAUGCGACUGUAUUCUUACGAGAAAAAGGUGUGAUUCUGCACUUUGAUGAUCCUAACGAGGGUUUGAGUGAUCUUUAUUUUGUUGAUCCCCGCUGGCUAUGUUCACUGAUGGCUCGCGUGAUUACGAUACGAGGAAACGCAGAUCUAGUCGUCAAUGGGAUCUUAGAAAUUGAGAAAACCAAAACUCUAUUUAAAGGUAGAUUACCAUUUCAUUUUCAUGGGCAGUACAUUCGACUUUUGAUACGAUUCCAAAUCGUUUACCUCCUCGAUGCUACAAGAAUUCUCGUUCCGUCAAAGCUGCCGGAAUUGCAGCCAGAUGAAGUUACGAAUCUAAAGUUAACUUAUGCUCCCGUGAGAAGGAUCUACAGAAUUGAUUAUACGAAAAUUCAUGGUUUUUGGUCACGUUUUAUGUCGCGUUUUCUAUUUUACAUGAAAGAAAUGAUCGCAAUCGAUGGACAUGAAGAUAACUGUUUUGCACAUUUCUGUCGUUCCUGUCUGAGAGUGGACCCUGCUUGCUCUAGGACAUUUACACCUUUCUUGUCUGACGAUAAGUGGAUGAACAAAAAGAAAUCUGAAGGUUCAGAAGAAGUCAUUAGCAAAACUACGGAUUCACAGAAUGAAGUUAAUGUUGAUGGAAGAUCGCAAAAAGAAUCGUUGAAUAAAGAAUCUUUUAAUAAAGACCCUAUGAAAAAACAUCUUCCGAAAAAUAGUAAACAUUUGCUCUUGAAAAAGAGCCCAAAAAAAUCAGCGGGUAAAAUUAAUCGUUUGAAAGAUGCAGUUGUCCGAGAAACUUCACGUCCCAUGAUUAUUUCGUCACCUCUGAAAGAUCAAGUAACGACAGCUGGACAAUCUAAUUACCAAGCGCUGUUGCUUGAUCCGUGCGUGAAAGUAUUUAGCGAAGAUGAAUUGUUGAGUGAAACUGAUGGAAUUCUCUUCAAUGAUGUUAAUACUGCCAUUGAUAAGUCACGCCGGUCAGUUGGCGGUAAGAGGACGAAUGAGGUAAAACGUGUAGAAAAGACUCUUCGAAUUCCUUCUUUUGACGCAAGUGUGCAAGGAAACUCAACAGUGGAAACUCAAGCAACAGAUGGUGAGACUCGUGGUGAAAAGAAAAUUGAAUGGGAAAAUGAAGCAACAAGAUGUCUUGAUGAAAUUGCGUCAGGUCUAUGCAUGUCGAAUGAUGUUUUGUUAUCGACUGAAACUUCCGAGAUUUCUACGACUUACUCCGAUGAUAUCCCGACAAUAAAUGGAGAAAAUAACGUUAAGAGGGUAGACGAAUCUGUAAAAGACAAAAUGACUUUAGAGGCUACUACGGAAAAUAUAGAGAUCUUGAAAGAUACUAAUGUUUUUUCAAAUGAUGUUGUUGUUGAUAAUGGUAAAAUCACUGAGGAAGAUGAUGAUGAAAAGAUAAAUAGCGAAAAGAAUAGAAUAGAAUCAGAAGAAUAUAGCUGUAGUUUUGUCUCAUCUACCUCUAGUCUGUCCUCGCGGCGUGACAGCAAGGGUCCGUCGUCCAUUGACACGAGUUAUAUAGAAACUCAUGGGACUUUAACAAUGGACGAUAUUUCUGUUGUUUAUAAUGACAACAACCGAGACAAUAAGUUUAACGAUACCGUAGAUCGAAAUCAAGGAUUUCAUGAUAUCAUCAAUUCCCAUCCAGUUAGUCCAGAUUGUGAUGAUGCUGAAAUAAAAAGCAGAAGUACGACACCUUCGGUCAGAAGUGACGAACCGACUGAUCUAGAUUCUGACACAUUUUCAAUGUCAAGCGUGUCUACAUCAAAUUCCAACAAGCGUCGGGAUACCCUAAAUUUAAGAGGCGUUGAAGUGUUAAUGGAACCAAACCAGUCCACUUGUGAGAACUCUUGUUUAAAUGUUUGCAAUAACACAAUGUCUGACAAUGAAUGGGGUUUGAAGGCUAAUGAUAGAUUAGAAAACGAUGCUGUUAUUGAAAACGAAGAAAAACCUCUGGAAAUUGUGAUUACAUCGACACCAUCACAAGGUGUCGAGUUUGAUAAUUGCGAUGGAGCAUCACUUAGCGUGGGCUCAAGAAGUCAAAUUGAACGAGCUGAGAGAAAUAAAACAAAAAAAGAUCAAAUUCCGAAAGAAGACCGCGUGCAUUGCCAAAAUAGCUGUGGCAACGCUGGGAAAGAUAAAGACGGUGAAUCAAGUUCUAAAAAUUGCAAAGAACGUGAAAUGAAGAAGUGUACUUUAUGUAAGGAAAAUGUACCUGUUGAUGAACUUGUUACCAUCUCUUUGGAUGUUGCUAAUUUAAUUGAACGCAAAUAUUUACAUUGUUGGGGUUCUGGGGUAUGUCUUAUUGAUCCCUGUUGUGUCUUCCUUUAUGUUGUUUAUCGUCAACUGUCGGAUUCUGUCGUUGUGGAAAUUGCUGUUUCUCCGAAUUCCGUUGGGCGACGUCUCUUGACGUUCGUUGUCGAUCAUUUGGAUACUCUCAUCAAUGAAUGGUACCCAGGUCUUUUGAUGUCAUUGGGUGUGCAGCCUACAGUCCAAAAACUUAUCCCUUGUCGAAGCUGUGAAAAAGACAGUCGUUUGAAACCCCACAUUUUCACGUUUGACGCCAGUGUCACACAGUACAGUAUGGGUAAUUUCUUGAAAUGUCCAGAACAUGAGGUCAGCUUUCAAGAUAUCGUUCCUGAUAUUGUAUUUCAUGAUAUCGAUAGCAAUUUAUUGUUACAAGAGAACGAGUUGAACUACGAGAGAUCAGAGGAAAACUUCAUCGGAGGAGGCGGCUUUGGAAAGGUGUAUUCUGGUAAGUGUCGUGGAAAGGAGGCCGCUAUUAAAGAAUACUGCGCACCAUUUGGCGAAGAUAAUGCUGUAAAGAAAUAUUGUGAUAUUCGCAAUGAAGUGAACAUUCUUCGAAGAGUCGGUCAACAUCCGUAUCUUGUUAAUCUUAUUGGUAUUUGUUUACGUCCCCUUCGUCUUGUCUUGGAAUUAGCAAAACAUGGAUCGCUUGCUACCACCUUACUGGAUCCUCAAUUCUUGUUUGAAAGAGUCGUAAUGCAUCGAAUGUUACGGCAGUUAGCUAACGCUUUGAGUUUCUUACAUUCGCUGAAAGUCACAUAUCGGGAUUUAAAACCUGACAAUGUCUUAGUCAUAUCGUACAGCGAGUUGGAUGAUGUAAACAUCAAAUUGACGGAUUUUGGGACCGCUGCUUUCCGAUUUAAUGAAGGAUUGAUGGAUGCCACGGGCACUGCUGGCUUUCAGGCCCCCGAAAUGCUUAAGGAGUUUAGCAAGCGGGAUGGUUUUAACGAGAAAGUCGAUAUAUUUUCUUUUGGAAUGCUGGUGUUCGAAUUUAUCACCCGCAGACAACCAUACUUUAACGCUCAAUCUGAGGCCGAGAUCAGUAAUAUGGUAGUUGAUGGAAUGUUACCUUCAUGGGAUCACGUGUUACAGGCGAGGAUGGGAUUGGCUGGCCUUACGUCCUUAAUGAAAAUAUGUCUUUCAUAUGAGCCAGAUUCUCGUCCCAGUGCCUCUACAGUGGAAGAGCAAAUGCUCUCAACGUCAUUUCAACUAUUCUUGGGCCUUAUUGCAUUACCAGAGAAGCAAUCAGUACGUCAUGUAGGCCUAGUGAAAUCUGUUAUGGAUAAAAUAAUGGAAUUGUGGGUAGUUGUUGAUGACAAAGUCAAAACCAUGGUGUUUAUUUAUAACUUACACAGUUUUACUUUAAAGAAAAAAUUCACGAUCAAUAAGUUGAGUGGCGAUGAUCCAGUGCUGUGUUUGCAAGUCAACUGUAUGCACGUGACAUUAAACAAUGUUUUGAUUGGAUUACGCGGUGACCGCAAUGCUGUUGCUAUUUAUGACACAGCAACAUAUCGCCUUAAAGCUGCGAUCAGAUUGCAAGAACCUGUCUUCUCUCUUAGCUCAACUGAUUCCCACAUAUAUAUGGGAAUGGCCAGCGGUUUAUGUUUGGUUACCACAUUGACGAAAAUUCUCCAUUCUAUUGAAGUGACUCGUUUAGAACCAGUAACGUGUGUCACAGUUGUAAAAAAAAAGGAACUGUGGUUGACUGCUGGAAAAGGUAUACAAAUAUUUCACAGCAAUGGAGACGCAAAAAUACCUGUUUUUGACCUCAAUUCGGUUCGAUUUAGUUCAUCGUCAGCUCCAUUCUCUCAACUUCGUCUUUUCGAUGAGGCGAUUUGGAGCAUAUCGAAAGGAGACUCCAUAGUUACGGCUUGGGAUAUCAAUAAUCGACAAAAAUAUCUCGAGAUUGACUGCAAGUCGUUUUUUCCUUCAUCAGAUUAUGACGCAUUAGAAUCUGUUGUGACGUGUGUUCUCGUUGUUCACGACACCUUGUGGAUUGGAACUGGCAGGGGUAAGCUACUCAUAUGUGACGUAAUGUCCGGUGAGCUAAUCACGUGUUGGGAUCUCUUUGAUGAUUACGUGCGUACAUUAACAUUGGUCCCAGGGCCUGGACCAUGUGCCACGGAGAAAUAUUACGUGAUCGUUUCCGGGAGGAAAGUUCAAGAUCGAGCCUUGUCGCGCAAGUCAACUGGAAAUUGUGUUUGUCUUCUAGACAAGGAGGUUAUUAAACCGGCGCCUAUGGAGGAAACAUCACCAAUAAGACGACCUGAUCAGAGGACGCUUUUUGAGAAAAACUUCAUCGCAGUCACUUUCACCUCCUAUAAGAGUCUCUCCUGUUGACUAUUUACACGGUAGUGUACUAAUGUUUUUCGAAGCCCUGCCCGCAGAUGUUUUAAAAAGAAGCGAGACCCAGUAAGAAAGUGACCUAUAUUUUAAUGUGCGAUAGGACGUAUGUUGACAAUUACGUGUGUAUGUAUUUUAUCAAUAAUUUUUACUGAUUUUAACCCAUGUGAUAAUUUUUAAUAAUGAAAUAACAUAAAUAAUUUUAUACAAUUGAACACAAUUGAAAAUUAAAAAUAGUUAACUAUCGAAAGUCAAAUAUCCAAUAGGAAUUUUUGUAAGCCAUUUCUUAUCGUUUUAAAGAUAGAUAUUUUGUAA